CUACUGAACAACAAAACGGAUGACGUCAGCAACAGGCGCUCAACGAUUUGAUUGGUGGAACAUUUCUGAGGUCAAAGUUUAACUUCCUUGUCACACAGCGAACAUGGCGGAUAAAGAAAAGAAGAAAAAGGAGAGCAUCUUCGACUUGUCAAAAUACAUUGACAAGCCGAUUCGUGUAAAGUUUCAAGGGGGACGAGAGGCCAGCGGGGUCUUGAAAGGUUUUGAUCCUCUGUUGAACCUUGUGUUGGACGGAACAAUCGAGUAUAUGCGUGAUCCAGAUGACCAGCUGAAGCUGACAGAAGACACCAGGCAGCUGGGGCUGGUGGUCUGUAGAGGAACCUCUGUAGUUCUAAUCUGUCCUCAGGACGGUAUGGAGGCCAUACCAAACCCGUUCAUACAGCAACAGGAUGGCUAACACAGUCUGUCACUCACUGAGUCACAGUCUCACACACACAAAUACAACCAUGCACCCGCUUGUAUAUUUUGUUUAGUUAUUUUUUUCUUGUUUUAAUUUUUCAAAAAACAGUAACCAUGUGUAAAACAAAGCAGAUUUCUGUUGUUAAAAUUCAUAAGUUGAUCAGCAAAAGGACAUUUGAAAGCACCUCACUGUGACGUGCAAGUUAGCAAAGAUUUGAGUUGUAAAGAGCCCACAAGCUUUGGGAAGUGUUAACAGUACCAUUUUCUUUUUAUCCAGAAUAAGUAAACCUUUUACAGUUCUAUGUUGUUUUUGAUAAUAAAAUGAAAAUGUAUGUUGA